AUGGUGGAAGCGGGAUUGGGUGGUGUGUAUGUUAAGACUGCGCUCGAGCAGCCGACUCAACCGCCGUCGACACCGCCGACUAAAUUGAUGGGGCCUUUUGAGCAUGUUAUCAAGUGAGUUUCGGGCCGAGUGAUCCUUGAGUUUGGACAACCCUAAUUGAGCCUGGUCAGACCAAACCAGACCUUUUUGGGCUUACAAUUUUAGGCUUAAGGCUACUUAAACUCAAACCGAAUAGACCUCUUACAAAAAAAAAUGAAAAUAAAUAAUUUUCAAAAAUUCCACGUGAAAAUUCACGUCAAAAUCUUCAUUUUCGAAAAAAAAUCAUUAUGUAAUGGUCGAAAUUUUAGGCGGCCUAAACUAGACCUGUUCAAAAAAUCAAUAAGCCUAAAACUAGAUUGAUGGGGCCUUUUGAGCAUUUUGGGCUUGGGCUUAGGUGAGUUUCAGGCCGAGUAAUCCUUUAGUUUUGUACAAGCCUAAUUAGGCCUAAAAAUUUAGAUUUUCAAAUUUUAAUUUAGAACUAGGCCUGAAAUUUUUGAAGUGCCCCAGGCCCUGACAUUCCUGGCCAAAUCAAACUAGGCCUAACUUGUUACAAAAAAAAAAAAAAAAAUAUUUUUCAAAAAUUUCCUACUGAUCUUUGAGUUUUGGACAAGCCUUGGGCCUAAAAAUUUAGAUCUUUAAACUUUAAUUUAGAACUAGGCCUGAAAUUUUUGAAGUGCCCCAGGCCCUGACAUUCCUGGCCAAAUCAAACUAGGCCUGGCCUAAAUUUGUGAAGUUUUUCCUCUGGGCUUCGGCUUAGGGCUACCCAAGCCCAAAAAAAAAUACAAAAAAAAUCAUAUUUUUGAAAAAUGCCACGUGAAAAUUCACGUCAAAAAUGCAAAAUCUUCAUUUUCAGAAAACAAAUGUAGGCUUGUUCUUCCUCAAAAAUUCAAAAUAAUCCCAACCUCUUCCAGAUUCUCCGGACUAGACUGUAGUCGAACACGAAAAGAGCACAUCACAUCACUCCGCGGCAUUUUCUCCACAAUCAUCGUUGCCAUUAUCAUCAUUGGACUUUUCUACGAAAUGUCUCAAUACAUGCAAAUCAAAUCGCCAGUCUUGGGAAUCGGAUGGGCCGAAUCGACGGUUUACGCGUUCUUCUCGAUGCAAUGUCUGAUUGCUGCGAUUUGUGUGAUUUGUUGGACGAGAGAUGGAUUUGUGGCGGAAUUUGAGGAGGGAUUGGCGAGAGUCAGAUUGACUAGGGUGAGUUCUGGGGGACGGAUGGGGCCCUAAUAAAAUUUAGUCUCGCAUUGGACCUCUGAGCCAAGUUCUGGGCUCUCAAAAGUCUAAAAAUUGGCUCAUAGCUAGCCUAAAAAAAGCCCGUUUUAGGCCUAUUUUUGAGAGCUCAGAACUUUGCUCCAGGGUCGAUUUGGCGAAAAAUUGGAAAAGCUUUUUCAUGUUGGAACAAAAUAUGUUUUCUCCAAUUUUUUUGGUUUGAAAAAAUCCACGUGGAGUUUGAGGUUUUCGAGUUUUUCAGCCAAAAAUAAUGACAAAUCGAGAUAUUUGAAGUUUCUGGAGUGAUUUCUGAUGAAAUUGACCUUGGAAUUCGUUUUUCAGAAGAUUUUGCUGAUUUUUUGUGAUGAGUUUUGAAAAAAAUUGAUAAAAUGAAGUAAAAUAGGGUUCUCGAAGCUUAUUGUCAUCAGAAAUCAGUUCAGAAGCUUCAAAAAUCUCGAUUUGUCAUUAUUUUUGGCUGAAAAACUGAAAAAACAGGAAAAAAAUGAAUUUUGGCGUCAAAUUUUGAGCAUUGCUCAUGUUAAAUUCAGAUUUUUCAAAAAAUGGAAAAUUUUCGAACCCGCACCAUUGAUUUUUAGAUUUCUGAUGAAAUUUUGAUCAAGAAAAUUCUUUCACCAUUGCUCAUGUUAAAAAUAAAACUUUUUAAUUUUUCUCAUCUGAAAAUCCCACAUUUUCGACCUGAAAACGCUGAAAAUCUGUAUUGGAUCAGACCUUUACAGAAAAAUUCUAAAAUUCAUUUUUUUUUUCAAAUGAAAACAAAAAAAAAUCCACGUGGUUGACAGCUAAAAAUUUCUGAAAAUCAAAAAUCCCUGCUGACAAUUAUAUUUCAAAUCAAAAAUUCUUUUUUAAAUCUGAAACAAAUCUGAAACAGUUGAUUAUUUUCCACAAAAAAGUACAUUCUCAAAAUUAAAUUUUAUAUCAAUUUUUGCCAAGUUCUGAAUAGUGAAAUUAAUUUCCACGUGGAAACCAGAAAUCAGCUCAGCUCCUAGAAAAUCGAGCUAUGCAAAACCGUAUUCUGCACCAUCACACUAUUCAAUCUCAUUUUCUUCUCAAAUCCAAUCGCAAAAAUCAAAUUCUUCCUCAACGGCUCAUUUGAAGCCAGCAUAAUAAUUGUAACAACCGCACCAUGACUCAUCAUAAUAUAAGGUCCCAAUUCGCCCAAAACUAAAAAACCUUAAAUUACAUUUAAGGUAUUUAUUAAUCAGGUUAAUUAACCAGGUUACCUUUACUCUUAACAUCCAGGAACAAAACCGCUGCGUAGAAUAAAAGAGGUCCACCUAAAAGUGAAAAAUGAACCAGGGUUUGGAAUAUGAGACUUGUCAAAAAUUUGCGGUGCAAAUCGCAAGUCCUGUGAGAAAUAUUGUUGAGUUUUGAAAGAUAAUUAAGCCAAUUAUAGCACUUUUUAAUUACUAGCAGGAUAAUUAGUAAAAUUAACAAAUAAUAAAUUGUGGCAAAAAUAUUGAAGAGGAGUAAUGUUAUAGAAGUUAGAUCAACUAAAAUCGCAGAAACACAUUCAAGUUCUGGAAUUUCUAGAAGAAUUCCAGAAUUGGAUUUGAAAUUAGGUUGAUCAAUUAAUUCAUCGCAAAAGAUAAUUAGGAUAAUUAUCAGGGUAAUUAAAACUAGAUUUAGUAAAUACAAAAAAUCCAUUGAUCAAAUUCAAUUCAUUUUCUGUAUUAUUAUUUGAAUUUUUGGAAUUUAUUAAAUUCCAGGGCUUCAGAAUACUCUUUAACCGGUAUAAAAAUAAAUAGAGAACUGAAUAGGUGUUUAAGAAAAGUGUGCUGAAAAUUAGGAUGAGGCUGAGGAUAAUUGAUGAAUGACGAAUGUGAUAGAAGCCUGCGGGUUUGACGGCUAAAUGCGGGAGGUAGAAGACUGGGCGGACUAGAAUACCGUAGGAGAGGUCGAAGAGAAUGUUGCUGGAAUGAUUUUGAAAAAUUGUAGUCAGCAGAAAUCCACGUGGCAAUUAUGGAUUUUUUCAAAAUUUUUAGAUUUACUCUGUGAAAUUUUGAAAAUCCCGAAAAUUUGAUUUCAAACCACAAGGUUGAAACUAUGAAACUAAAAUUUUGCUGCGAACAAUUUGAAUUUGAAAAUCCAAAAUUUAGUUCCCAAAAAUCCACGUGGCACAGGAAAAUUUGAAUUCUAUCGAAGUCUACCAAAAUCCAAAUAUUCGCUCAAAAAGUUUUGAAAAAUCCACGUGGCGAUUAAAAUUUUUGUUGCCCAAAUUAUUUUUCAAAAAAUCUCUUCAAAGACCAACCAAAAAACAUAUUUCACUAAUCGCGCUCGAUAAUCUCUGAACGUCGAAACAUUUCGAAUAUAAAACGCCAAAAAACUUGUCAAAUAAAUGGCCGUGCAAAAAAUCGAAAUAAUAUUCAAUAUCAAAUUGUAGCGAAAUUCGGGUUCGAUGUCACAAAUCGCAUUUGAAUCAUAGAAAAAAUGGGGAUUUUUGAAGAAAUCGAACAUCUUAAUGAAGUUCAUUGAGCAGCUGCAUUUUUUUUCUUUUUUGAGCGUCAGAAAUCGGAUUUUCAGGUGGACUUUAAUGAACUAAAUUUUAAAAAUUGUCUGAAAAAUUUGUGGGUCGGGAAAAUACGUUUCAGAAAUAUGGUAUUUCAAAAAUUUGACCAAAAAACAGUCAAUUUUUUAAUAAAAAUUGAUGUUUCAUUAGAGCGCACUUGCCCUCAACAGAUACGUUUCAACAAAUUAAUGAAGAGGAGUUUUGAAUUUUGGAAUCAGUCAGAAAUUGGAUUUUCUAACUAUGAAAAAUGUCUGAGGCCUUUUUAUCCGGGAAAAAUACGUUUCAAAAAUUUUGUAUUAGAGAAACUGAAAUUUUCGAAAUGUUCUGGACCCUGAUCAAUUUUUUGAAUUCAAUUUUUGAUAAAAAUCAAUAUUUCAUUAGAGCGCUCUUGCCCUCAAAAAAUACGUUUCAACAAAUUAAUAAAUAAGAAUAUUUGAAUUUUGGAAUGUUUCUGGUUUCAUACUGUUCAAAUGUAAUUUUUUUUUAAUUGGCGUCAAAAUCCACGUGUCAAAAGAUUAAAGCUCAAUUUUCCAGCUCUCAACAAACCAAAAAAUCGACGACUACACGGCAUUUCAUCGCAAAUGCGCUCUAAUGAUCAUCCCAAUAUUCUUCAUCGUUCUAAUGACAUCAACCGCCUCGGCAAUCGAUAUGAGAUAUUAUCGAAUGGAGAACAACACGUUUUUCUCCACAAGUCCCGUUUUUCUGAUUGCACCCGUCAUUGAUAUUUUCGGAUGUUUGGCCACUUCGCUUUGCUUGGUGCUUUAUGUUACAGUUAGCACAAGUCUUGCCAGAGAAAUUGAGCAUUUUAAUAAGGAAUUGACGAAUUCGGGAAGGUUUCAACAAUUGACGGUGAGUGAUUUUUGAGGGCUGAAAGCCACGUGGAAUCAAGAUUUAGAGAAAAUCCACGUGGAAAAAUGUUUUUUUAAUUUUUUCUGAUGUGAGCUUAAAAUUAAUUUCCCACGAAGAUUCUAGUUUUCUAAACCAAAAAUCCACGUGGCCAAAAAAUUCUUGAAAAUUGUGGAAAAUUAAUUUUUGACACGUGGCUCUUAUUUUGAGAAGCUGAAAUUUUCAAGAUGAAUUUUUUUUGCUGAAUUUUUUUCGAAAAGUUCUCACAGCGAACAAAAAAUUAUUUUUUUAAAUCAAAAACUUUGAAAAAAACGGGCGGAACCUGUUCAUAUCCCUUUUCCGUCUCGCGUCUCUUCUUCUCUCACACUCUCUCGUUUUCUCUCACGAAAAAUUCCAGAUCAAUCCAGAUUUUUGAGCUGAAAUAACAAUCUCUCACUCAAAAAAUCGUCAAAUUUUUGCAGCUCCCCAACAUCCUCAACUCCUACAGCAAACGACACUCCGACAUCAUUCAACUCAUCCGAUUCGCCAAUCAGAAUCUCCGAAAAUACGCCUCAAUCGCACCAUUCUUCACCCUCGUCGCAUUCAUCAACGCAAUCUAUAUUCUGGGAAGUUUCAAUGAUAUUAUGGAACCCUAUUAUUUUGCACUUAUGCUUGGAUGGGCGGUGAUUACAGUUGGAAUUACGGCCGCAUGUUUUGUGCCGGCGAAUAAGAUACAGGAUGAGAUUCAGGAGACUGCCGAGAUUUUGAUGCAUGAUGAUGUUUUGCAGACUUGUGGGGAUGAUCAGGUAAGGGGGGGGGGGGUUUAAGCCUUUAUUAGGACAGGUGAAAUUUUAACACUGUUAAAAAUCUUAUGAUUAUUAAAAAAAAUUUUAACACUGUUAAAAAUUAAAAAAAAUCACACAAAAAUUAGAGAAUUUUUUAACGGCGUUAAAAAUAAGAAUAUUUUCAGCUAAAUUUUAACACUGUUAAAAAUGAGAUGAUUUUUAGUUAAAUUUUAAAACUGUUAAAAAUUACAGGAUUUUUUAACAGUGUUAAAAAUCUUAAAAAUUUCAGGUAAAUUUUUUUAACACUGUUAAAAAUAAGAAAAAAUUUUAAAAAAUUUUGUUGAAAAUCUUUCGCUGCGGAAAUUUUUCCUGAAAAGUGGGCGGAGUCUAUCUCUAUCCCUUUUUCGUCUCGCGUCUCUUCUACGCUCUUACUCUCUCGUUUUCUCUCGCGUGAAAUAGUGUGUGCUUUUUCAAAACAAACCAUUGUGAUGAAACGUAUUUUUUUCUGGAUUUUUUUUCAACCCCAAUUCAAACGUUUCCAGAUGCAUCACACAUACCGUGUCACACUGGAUCGUUGCCAAUUUUCCAAUUCGAAAAUCUACUUUAUGAACGCGUUUCCAAUGGACAGCCCCACUUUCAAUCGAAUCAUGUUCAUUUUUCCCAAUUUUGCCGGAAUGAUGUCGAUUUACCGACAAACUUUGCAUCGCUAA